UGAACUUCAUUUACAUUAAUGGAACCCGUUGAUGAGAGUAGUUUCCCAGCUGGAGACCAAGACAGCUGGUAUUUGGACCAACUUGAGAAUAUUAUUUUCAAAGCAGAGACCAUCUACGCCCGGAGGUGGUUUAAUGUGUUUCAUAUCAAGCAUACGCACCACAUGUUGAAUGCAACUAGCACAGGAUCUUGGGGUAUUGGAGGAAUGAAUUCAUUACUACAAAGAGACAAAAGAGUCUUAAUUGAACACAUCAGGUUAAGACAACCUAUACAAAAAAUUUCUUCUUUCUAUAUUAUGUUUUGCCCUGACAAAUUUUUUUCAAAACUGCUGUUUAAAUUUUUUAAAAGUUCUAAUUGAAUAAGAAAGCUAACGAGCUUGUUUGUAUGUCAAAUACACUGGACCUUUCACAUCAGACAUGAUAAGAUAAUAAAGAAUAUUUGUACAAACCUGUGGAAAGUUACCUGUGAUUUGGGAUUUCAAUAUUUCAACAUUGGGCCAACUCAUAUCAGAAAACUUAUGACUUCAGGCAAACAUCUUGCCAAGAUUUCAUUUAACUAUUGCUGCAUUGCCGACCAAGAGUGGGGACCUACUUUCAACAAUUAUGACCCAACUAUCAGGCUCAGAAUAAUGGAGUUUACUCAAUGUUUCCCUGCCAGAGUUCAGAGAGAUGGAAGAUGUGAACUCUACACAAAUAUAAUUAGCGGGAUAGUUGGCUCUAAAUUUCGUGAUACCCUUAAAGUCAGAAUAAGCUGGCUUGAUGGAGGAUAUAUGUACAAUGACCAUUGCCAUCCUAACAAUCAAACUAUGGACUAUGACCCGCCUUAUUGUCAGAUAUUUCCCCCAACGCUCCUAUCCUAAGGUUCUAAUUCAAUCUUCCC